AUGCCUACAGACCAAGUCAAUCUGCCCUUGGUCGACCUUAGCGGUUACAUCAACCCGAAAGCACCAGGAGAUAAGGAGAAGGUCAUUGCGGCUGUCCGAGAUGCAUGCUCAGAGUUUGGCUUCUUCCAGGCCACCGGCCACGGCAUUCCUGCGGGUCUUCAAAAGGGGCUGCUCAGCAGCAUAAACACACUGUUCGAACUGCCCGACGAAGAAAAGCUUGCACUUUCUUUCCUCAAGAAUCCAAGCCGCCGAGGCUAUGAGAAAUCGGGCAUGUCGCUUCGCGAAGGUGACGCUUUGCCCGACUCCAAAGAGGUACGCCGCGCUGCAGAGUCGCUCGCGAGUCGAGACCUCACCGCUGACCCAGUUGCGAAGGCUUUCUACAUCGGAAGAGACGACCCUGCCGUGGAGCACUAUGGUUUCUACGGCCCCAACGUGUGGCCCGAUCUGCCCGACGACAAAUUUCGUGAUCCGGUAUGGAGUUACUACCAGGCGACCAAGGAUCUCGGAGAGAAGAUCUGGGAGAUCCUGCUCCUGGCACUCGGGCACCCACUCUCCACCAUGGAAGCCUUCGCCAAGAAGCCCAUGGUGCAGAUGAAGAUGAUCCGCUACCCACCGCUGGCCACCACACUCCCUGGGCAGUUCGGCGUCGGGGCGCACACCGACUUCGGCGGCGUCACCGUGCUGCUGCAGGAGCCAGGCAAGGACGGCCUCGAGGUCUGGGUCGAGGACAGGGAGGCCUGGCUGCCCGUGCAGGCGCUCGAGGACGUCUACGUCAUCAACUGCGGCGACAUGAUCAUGAAGUGGUCCGGGUGCCGGUUCAAGAGCGCGCGGCACAGGGUCAUCAACAAGGCCGACAACGAGCCUCGGCUCUCGUGUGCCACCUUCUUCCACGGCGACGUCUACGCCACGAACCCCCUCAACCCGGACGACCCGAUCAAGGAGACUGUUGGCGAGCUCCUGAUCAAGCGGUUCCGCAACCAGUUCUCCUUUCCUAAGGAUGCUAUUGCCAAGGUUGAAGCUCAGGCUCAAGCGUAA